AUCCCGUCUCCUUGCUGCUUGCUAGUAUCCUGGGUCUGGAUCACUUGCGAAGUGGGAAACCGUGGGCCUUGGGUGUUAUUCGGGGCAGUUACCGAGAGAGGGUUGUUGGAGUAUAUAUAACAAGUCUGGAGUAGGUUAUCUUUGUGGGCGAAAGUAUACAUCGAAUUCCGACCUCGACUUCGUAUACGAUUCUCGUAACCCGAAACAUCACACGCUGCAUUUCGAUCCCCGUAACCCCUAACCCCUAAGAGGCCCUCGAACAUCAUGUCCGAACAAGAACUCCAAGCUUACCGAGCCGAAGUAGAAGCCGUCAAAGAAUGGUGGAAGCACCCCCGUUUCUCCAGAGUCAAACGGACCUACACCGCAGAAGAGGUCGUCAACAAGCGCGGUACCCUCCCUAUCGCUUACCCGUCGAACGCGAUGGCCAAGAAGAUGUGGGCGCUUUUGGAGAGUAAAGCGAGGGGGGAAGGUGGGGGGUGUAGUAUGACUUAUGGCGCCCUCGACCCCGUCCAACUCACCCAGAUGGCCAAGUACCUAGAGACAGUCUACGUAUCAGGCUGGCAAUCAUCCUCGACCGCCUCUUCUUCCCUAGAACCCGGCCCGGAUCUCGCCGAUUACCCUUCGAAUACCGUCCCCCUGAAGGUGGCGCAGCUGUUCACGGCGCAGUUGUUCCAUGAUCGGAAACAACGGUUUACUAGGUUGACUACACCCAAGGAUAAGAGGGAGGGGUUGGGGAAGCCGGUUGAUUAUUUGAGACCUAUUGUUGCGGAUGCUGAUACCGGCCAUGGUGGACUGACGGCUGUCAUGAAGUUGGCCAAGAUGAUGGUGGAAGCCGGAGCAGCUGGGAUCCACAUCGAAGAUCAAGCACCUGGUACGAAGAAAUGCGGCCACAUGGCCGGUAAAGUCCUCGUCCCCAUCUCCGAACACAUCAACCGUCUCGUCGCCAUCCGAUUACAAUACGACAUUAUGGGGGUCAACAACCUCGUCAUCGCCCGAACGGACUCUGAGGCGGCGACGUUGAUCACGUCCAACGUCGACGAGAGGGACCACGCGUUCAUCCUCGGGACCACCAACGCCGAGUUGAAACCGUUGGUCUCGAUCAUGCACGCGGCCGAGUCCAAGGGGCAUUCUGGGGAUCAACUCCAGGCUCUCGAGGACGAAUGGCUCAAACAAGCCCGGUUGGAGCUUUACCCACAGACCUUGGCCCGGGCGCUCAAAUCCCGAGGCGUCUCCACGCAAGACGUCCAGCGCUUCACCGACAAAGUCUCCGGGACGGCGCAUGCGAGCCGUGAAGAGUCUCUCCGGGUUGCCAAAGAAGAGUUUGGGUUGAAGCAGGAACCGUAUUGGAACUGGGACGCUCCGAGGACGAGGGAAGGGUUUUAUCGAUACCAGGGGGGUACCAAGUGUGCCAUCAACCGAGCGAUCGAGUUUGCGCCGUUUGCCGACCUCUUGUGGAUGGAGACCAAAUCGCCCAUCUACGCUCAAGCCAAAGAGUUUGCCGACGGCGUCCACGCCAAACGACCCGGUCAUUGGUUGGCAUACAACCUCUCGCCUUCAUUCAACUGGAGGGCUGCCGGGCUGAACGACCAGGAUAUGAAGGAAUACGUCUGGAAGUUGGGCGCGCUCGGGUUCAUUUGGCAAUUCAUCACCCUCGCCGGACUCCACACCAACGCCCUGAUCUCGAACCGGUUCGCCAAAGCCUUCGCCGUCGACGGCAUGAAGGCCUACACGACGAUGAUCCAAGAACAAGAGAUCGCCGACGGGUGCGAGGUCGUCAAACACCAAGCCUGGUCCGGAGCCGAGUAUGCCGACGCCAUGCUCAUGACCGCAACCGGUGGGAUCAGCAGUACCAGCGCGAUGGGUGGCGGAGGGUCGACAGAGACGCAGUUUAGUGGGAUCAACCUGAGCAAGCUUUGAUCCGGUGGUAUGAUGCAGGAAAUAGAAUGGAUGGAAUUGCCGUUGUAUAGAUAAUCAAGCACGGAAACAGUGAAGAGUCGUUUGGCAUAAAGAUGCAAUGUCGUGAUAUGAUAUGUAUUAUGAGUCGAAAGGGUAUAUUGCUCUUGAGAACCGUUCCUGUC